UCUAGUAGGCCUAAACUUACUCAUUAGAAUUUAGAUCUAGAUCUAGUGGUAAUUUUAAAGCCCUGAAAUAAUUAUAAUAUGAGUAGAUCUAGAUAUAGUAUUGAGUAGGCCUAAAUAUUCUACAAUCUAGAUUCUACACUUAGUCUACAGUUAAAACUAAAAGUUGAUUGAAACCUUGAUAUGUUGGCAGCAAGACGAAUUCAUAUUAUAAAUGGCCAUUUUUUACAGGCCAAAAAUGCAACAGUAUCAGCCUCACCUGUUCAGAUCAAGCUUUCUAAAGAUGCUGUCCUGAUUGAUGAAAAGGUUAAAAUUGAGGUCACAGGUUUAGGCAGUGGUCAGAAGGUGACCAUACAGGCUUGUUUUAGUGAGGGUGACAAGACCUUUGGAUCUUGCGGUCACUAUGUGGCAGACCAGAAUGGAAAUGUGGACACAUUUAGAGACAUCUGUCUCGGAGGAACCUACUCUGGUCUGAACCCAAUGGGUUUGUUUACAUCAGCAUCAACAACCCCUGGCAUUAAACCAGGCAGACUUAUUAAAUCUGAUGUCAUGACUCCUUAUGAGGUCACGCUGGCAGUUCAUGAUGGGUUCAUAAAGUUCAAUCAGCUGUCUUGGUCAGACCAACUGCCCUGCCUGGUGUCCUGUGUGCUGUUACGCUCCUACACAGCCCCAGGGGUGAGGAGGUUUCCUGUCAGAGAAAAUGGAAUUUAUGGAACAUUGUUUGUUCCCCCUGGCGAAGGUCCAUUUCCAGGUGUUAUAGAUGUUUUUGGUAUGGGUGGGGCUAGCAAUAUUGAGUUUCGAUCUGCGCUGCUGGCGUCUCAUGGCAUUGCAUCCUUUGCUCUUGCUUAUUAUGGUCUCCCAGGUCUGCCACAGAAUGAACAGCAACUGGACUUCACAUAUUUUUUGAAAGCAUUUGAUUGGCUGGCAUCAAACUCGUUGAUUGACUCAAAAAAUCUGGGUGGUAUUAGCACAUGUGUGGGUGGGGGCUAUGUAAGACUCAUCGCAUCCAGAAGACCAGCGAUGAAAUGCUUUGUGACAAUCAAUUCAGGAGUGAAGAUUUUCGGCAGGAAACAAACAGUUGAGGGGGUAACGGUCACCACUAGUUCCACCAAAAACAUAGAUGACGUUAAGAUUGUGGAUGAUUGUUUUGUGUUUAGCUAUAUGUACCAGCUGGAAGAUGUGACACUGGGAGAUGAUGAUGUCAAGGGAUGGGUAAAUGGAGCAAAAGUGUUAGCCAUUCAUGGGCUAGACGACCAAUGUGUUAACCCCAUAAUGUUAGAUGUGCUUGAAAACAAUGUACCAGAGGACUUGAGAGAGAACUACACAUUUCUCAGAUACCCAGGUGCUGGCCACCUACUGGAGCCACCCUAUGCGCCACUGUGUAAAGUCAGCUAUAACAAAAUGUUUGAUAUAAAAUGUCUUUGGGGAGGUGAUGAUGUCUCCCAUAGCAUAGCACAAGAAGACAGUUGGCCCAGAAUUUUGGAGUUUUUAAAAAGAAAUCUUCAGUCAAAAAAAUAAAUAUCUGCUUUAACAAAGUGCUAGUCUUAUUGAACUUGCAUUUAAUUUCAAUGCCUUUUUAUUUUAUGUAAUGAUAUAAACAGAGAUGAGUUUUGUCUUUCAUAAUGUACUUAAAAUUGAUAUUAUUAUUAUUAUGAAGCAAUAAAACCAUUAUAACCUGUAAUUAGGUGUUUUAUAAUUUUAUAUUUAAUUAAACAGGCAGGUAGCUUAUGAAAAAACUAAUUUGAAUGGAAGAAUAAUCAGACUGUGUACACAGAUGAGUACACAGAUUAAGAAUGUUAUAUUUGAUUGUAAUGCUAUGUUAUUGUUAUGCUCAAUAAAAUAUAAAAAUGUUGCUCAAUAAAAUAUAAAAAUGUUGCUCAAUAAAAUAUAAAAAUGUUGCUCAAUAAAAUAUAAAAAUGUUGCUCAAUAAAAUAUAAAAAUGUUAUACUGUACAUGAAUGUUUAAAUAAAAUCUUU